CCUAAGCAGUCGGUUGAGCAAAGCCUGAAUGAGUCAAAGAGAUUUGCUACGUAAUAUAACCUCGCCGACGGAGCCCCUCGACGGCAUUCGAACAGCGACCGCCAUGGCUCUCGCACGCGCCUCCUGUCUGCUUCUGCUUCUCUUCGCCGGGGCCUUGGGUGCCCCCCCUCCCCCCUCAACCCCUUCUGCAGCCACCCCAGAGACAUCCCAGAGCCCAGAGUCCCUCGCCAAGGCCCCAAGGAUCGUCGGGGGCGUGGGGGCGAGCCUCGGGGAGCUCCCGUACAUGGUGAGCCUCCAGGACACCUCCUUCGGCAGCGUGGUCCACUUCUGCGGCGGCGCCAUCUACGACCAUACACACGUCGUCACGGCCGCUCACUGCGUCUCCUCCGUCGAUAUCUCGGCGCUGCAGGUCGUGGCGGGCGAGACCGACCUCAGCGUGACGGAGGGCACGGAGCAGCCUCUUCAGGUGGCGUCCAUCCUCCUUCACCCAGACUUCAGGGAGAUCGACUACUUUAACGACAUCGCUCUGCUCAAACUCAGCGGGAAAUUCGUGUUCAACGAGUUCGUGCAGCCCGUGCAGAUGCCCGGCGGGAGAGAGGCCUCGGGGUCGUGCGUCGUGUCCGGCUGGGGCGCCACGCGGGAGAACGGGGACAUGAUCGACCUCCUGAAGAAGGUGUCGGUGCCGGUGUGGACGGAUUCGGACUGUCGCCAGAUCUACGGGGCGGAGAGUAUCCUGGACUCGAUGGUCUGCGCCGGACUCGAGGAGGGAGGGAAGGACGCGUGCCACGGGGAUUCGGGGAGUCCCCUGAUGUGCUACGACAGCGGGUCGGAGGCCUUCUUCGCGGGAGUCAUGUCCUGGGGCUAUGGGUGCGCGCGACCCGACCGACCCAGCGUGUACUCCGAGGUCUCCCACUUCAGCAACUGGCUCGAGCAAAAUAUCUAAUGGGGCGGUGGACGGACCUUGCCCUUCUCGCGUCUGCCUGAUUGCUGUCUCUCUGUUUCGCACGGUUUAUCUGUCCCUUUGUCUCUGUCAGUUUCUGGCUCUCUCUGUUUUUUUUUUGUCCCUUUCUGCCUCUUUCUUUUUUCUGUCUGUCUCUCUCUCUCUCUCUCUCUCUCUCUCUCUCUCUC